UUUUCUACUUAUUUUCUAAUCUCAUUUUCACACGCCGCUAUCUCCUUCUCCUGUUCUCCAGACAGCUCAGCCGCCGCUCGGUCUCCAGACAGCUCCACCGCCGCUUCUUCUUGCGGCCUUGCUUCUUCUUUUUCUUCUUCUCCGUCCUAUUCUCUCCGUCAUCUCUCUGGACUCUCUGGACUAUCUCCGCCCUAUUCUUUGCUUCUUCUCGGCGUUGGGGAAGUCUUCUCCUUCUUCUCGGCGGAUCGGCCUUCGGGAAGUCUUCUUCUUCUUCUUUGCUUCGGCAGCUCCGUUUCAGCAGAGGAAGAAAUCUCAAACAUCUGAAAAGAAUAGCCAACCCCAUCUUUUGUUAACGAAAAUGCGGCCUCUGGACGAAAUAGAGACAACAGCAGUAUUCGAGAAGAUCUUUAAGUUCACGGGUAACAACCUCAAGAACAUCGUUGAGAACCCCUCUCAUGAAGGCCCGGAUGCCAACGCUGGCCGCUACUGCUUCCGCCUUAACAAGACCAAGGUCUACUAUGUGAGUGAGUCCCUCGUCAAGCGUGCCACCAACAUAGCCCGCUCCAACCUCGUUUCUCUCGGCACCUGCAUUGGCAAGUUCACCCACGCAGGCAAUUUCCACCUCACUGUUCAGUGUCUCAGUCUAUUGGCCUCCAAUGCCAAACACAAGGUCUGGCUCAAACCCACCUCUGAGAUGUCGUUUCUCUACGGGAACCAUGUUCUCAAAGGUGGCUUGGGGAGGAUUACGGAGAAUAUUGUCCCUGGCGAUGGUGUCAUUGUGUUCUCCAUGUCUGACGUGCCUUUGGGUUUUGGAAUCGCUGCGAAAUCGACGCAGGAUUGUAGGAAGAUGGACCCGAACGGCAUCGUGGUGCUGCACCAAGCAGAUAUUGGGGAGUAUUUGAGGAUGGAAGAUGAGCUCUGAGCUUUAAAUUAAGGUAAACUAUUGUAUUUUGUUCAUGGGGCUUCAAGAGUUCUAUUUGACAAGUGAUGGUUCUGAAACUGGGUCACACAUAACUUGAUCAAUAGAACAUUGUGCAAGUUACAUGAGAAUUUUAUUAGACUGGGAAGAAGUGAUCUCUGUCUAGUGCUCCCAGUAGUGGGUUUUGUCCGAAUUUAGCAAUUUGAUAUGUAAGAAUUUCAGCUAAUGAAACAGGGUUUUAUCCAAAUUUAUCAAUUUUGAUCUGUAAGAAUUUCGGCUAAUGA